AUGAGGAGUGUUAUGCCAGGCUUAGUAGGGGAAUCGCAGAGCGCCUUUAUGAAGGGGAGAAAGAUACAUGAUGGAGCUUUAAUUGCAUGUGAAACAGUGCACUGGUUGAAACUGAAAAAGCAAGCGUCAGCAAUUGUAAAACUUGACUUUCAAAAAGCCUAUGAUAGAGUUAAAUGGUGCUUCAUCGAUAUUGUGCUAGAGAAAAUGGAGUUUGACAGAACAUGGAGGUCAUGGAUUAGGGAGUGUGUCAGAAUGGCUUCUAUUUCUAUUCUGGUCAUGGAUGUGCUUAACAGGAUGAUCAGAGAGGCGGUCAGGAAUGGUCGAAUCUCUCCACUCCUAGUAGGUCGGGAUAAUAUAGAGUUAUCACAUUUACAAUUUGCUGAUGAUACUAUAUUAUUCUGCCCGCCGUUGGAGGAGACAAUCAGAAACUAUAAGCGGUUGUUGAGGUGUUUUGAAAUUAUGUCUGGUUUGACCAUUAACUUUGAGAAGUCCAACUUGAUACCAGUGAAUUACAGAAAGGAGUAG